CUGUGCACGCACGCGUGUGUGAGGCGGGGGUGUUAGCGGGAAGGCUCGGUCGGGUGGGUUUUCCUCGGGGAUGGCGUCACAACGGUUUGGACCCGGCAUCCCUUUUGCUCCCGCUAGAGCGGCGGUAAAGAGGGAGACCCCUGUCUAAAAAAAAAAAGGAAAGCACGUAAGCAGUCCAGCUGAGGAGGAGGAAAGCGGGUGCGCUGUGGAUGAAUGACUUUUUGUGAGCAAAAGACCGGUGUAACUUUAUGUAGGUCACACGUGAGCGCCUCCCUCUGCCUAUCAAGUGUCUCGGUGAGAACAACAAGAGAAAGCAGCAGAAGAAGAAGGAAGGAGGAGAAAGUGGAGGCGCGGCGAUGCUUGGCGGGACGUGAUGCCCGACACUCUGGCGCUCCUCCGCAACCGCUCGGAGGAGCCGCGAGCCCCGACCGGCGAGGAGGGGGGCGGCCGGCCCGCCUGGGUCAUCGGCAUCCUGGCCAGCGUGCUCAUCUUCACCACCGUGGUGGACGUGCUGGGCAACCUGCUUGUCAUCAUUAGUGUCUUUCGCAACCGCAAGCUGAGAAACGCAGGCAACGUCUUUGUGGUGAGCUUGGCCUUCGCCGACCUGGUGGUGGCGUUCUACCCGUACCCUCUGGUCCUCUACGCUCUUUUCCAUGACGGAUGGGCGCUAGGCAACACUCAAUGCAUGGUGAGUGGCUUCCUCAUGGGCCUGAGCGUCAUCGGCUCCAUCUUCAACAUCACAGGCAUCGCGGUGAACCGCUACUGCUACAUCUGCCACUCGUUCUCCUACAGCCGUCUGUACAGCUACCGCAACACGCUACUCUUGGUGGCCUUAAUAUGGCUGCUGACCGUUGUGGCCAUCGUGCCCAACUUCUUUGUGGGAUCACUACGAUACGACCCGCGCGUCUACUCGUGCACCUUCGCCCAGAACGUCAGCAGCUCCUACACGGUGGCCGUGGUGGUGGUGCACUUCCUGGUGCCCAUAGCCGUCGUUACGUUCUGCUACCUAAGGAUCUGGGUGCUCGUCAUUCAGGUACGUCGCAAAGUCAAGACGGAAGAAAGCCCUCGCUUGCGCCCGAGCGACAUGCGCAACUUCAUCACCAUGUUCGUGGUCUUCGUGCUGUUCGCCAUCUGCUGGGCGCCGCUCAACCUGAUCGGGCUUGCGGUGGCGGUGGCACCUACUCGCGUGAUUCCACUCAUCCCCGAAUGGCUCUUCGUGGUCAGCUACUUCAUGGCCUACUUCAACAGCUGUCUCAACGCCGUCAUCUACGGCCUGCUCAACCGGAACUUCCGCAAUGAGUACAAGCGUAUCGUCACAUCCGUGUGGGUGACGCGUCUCUUCGUCACGGAGACGUCGCGGGCCGCCACCGAUGGCCGCAGCAUGCGUAGCAAGCAGUCUCCGCCGCCACCGGCGCAGCCGCCGCUCAAUAACAACAAUUCGGCGAGGGAUCGAGCAGACGACAAAGACUGAGCGCGCUAACGGCACCGUGGCAUCGGUCGUGCGUGAUGGACCUCCGAAGCCUCAAAAAUGUCACAUGUAUGCUGCUUCAGGAUAAAACUGAGAUAAUAAUCAGGGUGUCCUCAUGUGCUCUCGCCAGAAUUUAGACAAAGAAUUACCACAAAGUUAUUCAGUGCCAAUGACAGUGAUAGACAUUCAAUCAUGUGGCUUUUUUCAUACUUCUGCUGUGAAUUUAAAUUACUUUAUCACUUUUAGACGUCCAAUCUGUUUGGUCUGGGAGGAGGCGGCCCUUCCAGUCCAAAUGGAUUGGACAUCUAGCACCGUCAUAAGCGUUGUUAUGAUGUAUACUGAGCCGAAUUGUAGUCAAACUUAGUAAAAAAAGAAGAAAUUCCAAAUCCGGAAUUGUUGUUCGGGACUUACUCCCUCGCGGCAUGUGACGCCACAUCUUGAGUACGCCUCCCAUUUGUUCAUUUAAAAUGUUAGGUCACAUGGCUUUGGGUCACUGCAUUUUAAUUCCUGCUGUAAUUGGUUGAAGUCCUUUCAUUUUAAAAAUGAUAUGUUACAAAGGUUUUGUCUUGCGGAAUUCAUUUCUUGCAAAUCAAUAUUGAAUGAAAAUGAUGAAAAUGACGUUUAUUUUCAUUCGAAACAUUUUUUUUUUCAUUGUGGGGCAUGUUUUGCAAAAGUUUAGGUUAGGUGAGUCAUUAUCGGUCUUAGGAAUUCUGUUAGGGUUCAUUCCAAAGACAGCUAUAUCUGUCAAUAUCAAGGACGAUGUAGAUUCAUAUGGGAAAUGGGGAAAAGUUCCCGACCACCUGAGUAAAGCAUCCCCACAAAAUUUCUGCAGAAAUUGCAUUUUCCUGUAUUAAAAAGUACAUUUAUAUUUGAUGUAAUUAAUGGCACUAUUUUUAAUAAGUGAAUGAAAAGAAAAAGUAUGCAAGAUAGAAUUUUUUUUUUUUUUUGCAUUAUUAAAUCAGGAUUUAUUCAUAUAAAUAAAAUACAAAUCAUGGUUAAUCAUCAUUUUAUAUUUCAAAAUAGAGAAGAAAUUAAAAACUAAAUGACGAAAUUGACAUAGGAAAUUAUGUUAAAAAUACCUUUAAACAAUACAAUUGUCAUUAUAUGCAUUUUUUUUUUUUUUUAGAAAAUCAUUAUACAGUGGUAUGAAAAAGUAUCUAAAACCUUUUGGAAUUCCUCACAUUUCUGCAUAAAAUCACCAUCAAAUGUGAUCUGAUCUUUGUCAAAAUCACACAGAUGAAAAUACAGCUGUCUGCUUUAACUAAAACUAUCCAAACAUUUAUUUCUUUUAAUGAGGAUCG